GUUUGCAUUAUCAAGUUGCAGGCUCCUUUCAGCUUCAUAAACAGCGACCACCAUCAGAUCAUCAUCGUCAUCUUCAUCCGCAGGGUUAAAGUCCUCUUUCCUUACUGGGUUCUCUGAUGUGGACCGCUGACCUAUUUCAGUCCAUAGAGGACUUCGAGCAGGGUGUGUUGGAGCUACCUGUGCUGUGUUGCUUGGAGUUGUUUUGUGCCGUCCAGCGGCUUUCUUGACAUCUUUUUUCGGUUGCACAACUUUGUUUUGAGAAACAGGUGCUCCCCAAGUCUGGAACAAAGUCCUCUGAUUUGAACCACUACUCAUUUUCAUAAGCUGUGGCGAAAAACUGAGAGAAAGUGGCACGUGACGAGCAGCAACAUUGCAAACUGAAUAUAUAUAAACACGGGGUCACUUCCGCCGACGUUUUACCAAAAUAUAACACCACAUAUAUCACGACGGUUUUACUGGAGUUGUCGCGUUCAUUUUAAUACAAUUUCAAGUGUAAUGUUAUUUCAAGUGGUCACUGUCACUGACAAUACUGACUCCAACAUUGUAAGCUAAAAGCUAAACUGGUACACUACGUGGUAGACUACAAGGAGGCUUUUACUUUUUGAGUGUGACCCCGGAACAAAAUCAUAAACUCGAGUUCAUCUCCCGCUCUCCGGGACAAGAUCGCUAUGUUACCAAAGCAAUGGACAGAUGUAAAUGGGAGAAGAUACUCACCUGUUUUCAGUGGUUGCUGCUGAUAGUUAGGACCACAAAGCCAGUCAUUGCUGUCACGCUGCCAUAGCAACCAGGAAAUACUCACCGUGUGUGAAUGUGUGUGAAUGUGUGUGUGUGUUAGUGGGGAUUGAGAGAGCAGAACGUGGUGAGUGGGAGUUGAGACGGACCACAACAACAGAGGGGACAGAUUUUUCACCUUUGCCUUCAGUUCUACGCUUCAUCUUCCACGAGAUUUUAACAGCUGCCACAGAGAUGGCUGCCAGCACCGCAACCACGACUCUCCUGCCUCCAGUGAAGAGCGUGGUGGUGUACAGGAAUGGAGACCCCUUCUACAAUGGACGGAGGUUCGUGGUCAACCAGCGACAGGUGACCACUAUGGAGGCCUUUCUGAAUGAGGUGACCCAGAGCAUCGGCGCUCAACUCGCUGUUAGGACACUCUACACCCCCAGACAGGGUCACAGGGUCUCAGACCUCCAAGACCUUCAGACCGGAGCCCAGUAUGUUGCUGCUGGCUUUGAAAGGUUCAAGAAACUGGAUUACCUGAACACAGGAACGAAAAAGCAGCCCGCUGCCCGUGAAGAGACCCAGGCCAAAGUAACCCAGAGACCAAAUGUCUCAGCCAAAUGGAGAAGGUUUAUACCUGUGCCUUGCAUUAUACAUGUUUUCCGUAAUGGAGAUCUCCUGUGUCCACCAUUCCGAUUCAUCAUUCCCCGGACCAUGCGGCAGGAUCUUGAGCAGAUCCUGAGUCUGGUCACAGAGAAGGUCAGCUUGCGAACCGGAGCCGUGCGCAGGUUGUGCACUUUGGAAGGAGUGACUGUGUCCUCAGCUGUUGAGCUGGAGACCGGCCACUGCUAUGUUGCCGUGGGAACCGAGAGGUUCAAGAAACUUCCGUAUGUGGAGCUUUUUGUCUCAAAAGCUGCAGAGAGAUAUUACCCAGGAAAGAGACGGCUGUUAAGGAGAAAUGAGAACAGGAAAGCUGGAAGUGGUCCAGAAGACCAGUACAGUGACUCAGCUCUCCUUGACUCCCCCAAGUCAGAUGGUCGGAGAGUGAAGUCGACAGGGGAUGAAGCUGCAGCUCCUGCAGCCACACAGCAGAGGAGCAGGAGAGAAGAAGCAGACGAGACCUCAGAGUUCUUCGCCAGGCCGGUGAAGAUCCGCAACAACAGGCGGCAGCCAAGACCACCCCUCAGCAAUGGAUCUGUCCAGCCCAGCGUGUUUAAAAGAGCAGCACAGAAGAGAAGAGAGGAGGUGCGAGGGGCCGAGGAGGUGCAUGAGGAUGAAAACACGGCGACAGAGCUUCCCGUUGACCAGAGAGUUGCAGAAAUAGUGGAGGAUGAGGAACUAAACAACCAAAAUGAUCCUCUGCACAACACACAGCAGGCAUCUGAGCAAGAUGGUGUAAAACAGACUGGAAUUCUGACUGAGGAGUCUGCUGCAGAAACACUGAAGCCUGAGCUGAAGCAGAUGUCUUCAAAGUCAAGGUCUUCGUCAUCCACCCUCAAAGAACAGGGAAGAAAAGGAGAGGCCACAUGACGCCCCAUCGCUUACAGUAGAACAGAACCAUCAUCAAGAGGACUGGUGAGCACUGAAGAUUCAUCAUCACAUGAUGCCGCACGGGUACAGCAGAUAACCAAGCAACUACUUCUUCUACAAUGACCUAUCUGGCUAAAUAAAUGUUUGAUUAUA